ACCCCUUCUCCUCAUCCAAAUGCACCAGUGUUUCUUCCUCACAUCACUUCUUCUGCAGGACUAGGAGUUCUGCCAUCAUGGGGGCUCGGCUGGUUCAUGCUCGUGGAGCUGCUGUGCUCUUCGGUGCCUUGGUUGUGCUCUCGGCCGUCGUCAGCUUGGGUGCGGCUGCGCUGACGCCGACGGUCGUGGUUGGCUCCGUCAAGUGCUUGGACUGCUCCCCCAACGACGUCAACGCUGAGGAUGCCUUCAAGGGGCUUCUAGUCGCCGUCAAGUGCAGGUCCGGCGCUGGCGAGACCUACCAGACGCAGAUGCUCGGCCUCCUCGACAACAAUGGCGCCUUCAGCAUCCCGCUCGUGCCUGGCAUCCAGCGCGACGACGGCGAGUUGGGCCACGACUGCUUCGCCCAGCUCCACAGCGCGCCCGACACGCCGUGCGCCGGGCUGGCGCCGCCCAAGAUCGGCCCCAGCAGCCAAGGCGCCGGCUACCUCGCCGUCGCCGACGGCACGGUCUUCUCGCCCGUCGCGUGCCUGUGCAAGAAGAAGAAGAAGCACUUCAUGAUGGGUCCCCCGCCGCCGCCUCCGCAGCCCAGGCCGGAGCCGUCGUACGGCCCCCCGACGCCCACGCCCACUCCUCCGACGCCCUCGUACGGCAGCCCUACGCCAAAGCCUCCGGCGCCACCGGCGGAGGACGAGCCGGAGCCCUUCUUCCACAAGCACCCCAAGAUGAAGAAGCUCAUGCACAAGAAGAAGCCGUGCCCGCCGCUAGGCGAGGAAGACAAGCAGCCCAAGAACUGAUCUGGUCUACUACUACACUUGUCUCCUCCGUCGAGGAGGGAGCAUCGGUCCCUGAGACAUUUGCGGAUCGAUAUGUCUGUGAUGUUAGUUGAUUCUGUUGAUGUUGUUUUCUGUUUAGUGAUUUGUUGUUUGGUUUAGUUCGUGCCAUUGUGUUGGCAUUGGUGUUUUAGUUCGCUGAUUUGUUUGUGAAAUAAAGAAAGUGUGUGAGCUAUUCCAUAA